CGCAGAGCCAUAUCUGAACACAAGCUAGAGUGGGAUCAACUGCAAGUUUGCAUUUUCUUUUUGGGUAAAGUGAAGGUGAAAUCCAGGUGUUUGUCAAAUAAUAUCCACCCAUGAUCUACACACAAAAACAAUUACCACCAGAUAUGGUAAAAUGUUACCAGUAAAAUUUCCACAAACAUUUGCAAAUGAACAGCAGUGUUCCACACCUGACAUUUCAGAACUGUUUUGUCAUGUAGUUCCACAGAUUCACCAUGCUUUACAAUGGACCAUGGCUUUUACAAUGCCUUACGGUAAGUAUGUGUGGUUUUCUAUGUGUAAAAAGUGACAAAAAAGGCGUGGACAUGAUUAUGAACACACUUUUUUUUUUUUUUUUUUAUUCCACAUGGAACUUUGAAAAGUGACCAGAGAGCAAAUUAUUUUAUGGUGGGCAACUGUCAUUUGUUGCUGACACGUGUUGGAACAUAAAGGCUAUCCUUUACAUAAGAAGCUCAUAGGCUGAAGGGCGGGUCUGAUAAUUUGCACGAUAGCUUUGCAUUAUUUAGGAGUUGUAAGUAUAGGAGGGGUUUGCUAUAGCUCUAUCACGCAGCCUGACUGAGUUCACUUUGUGCAAGUGCUUUUGUCCUUCUGGCUUGGUUUUGUUUUUUAGUGAUCGGUUGUGAGGGUGGACAAUUGUUACCUCUUAAAGAUGCAAAUGCAAUUCUGAUUUGCAUAUUUAUAAAUUACAUUUGCAACGAUGAGAAAGGCUGGAGAGCGCCACACAAGUGAUGCUGAAUUUAGAUCCCUCAUCAGAUAACAUUCCAUGCAUUCUGUGCAAUUGCAGCUGCACUGAACAAAGUACUGCAGGAGCUCAGCACUAUUAACUGAAAUUUGAAAAGGGGAUUAAGAGGACUGAGCUCUAUUACAACCAUGGCUCAGACUAAUAAGGUGCUGGUAGCUGCCCCUCCAGACGGAGGCUGGGGAUGGAUGAUCGUUGCUGGCUGCUUUAUUGUCACCAUUUGCACCCGUGCUGUCACCAGAUGUAUCUCCAUUUUUUUUGUGGAGUUCCAAAUGCACUUUGCUCAGGAUUACUCAAAGACAGCAUGGAUCCAUUCUUUGGUGGACUGCACAACAAUGCUCUGUGCCCCACUUGGCAGCUUCAUUGGGAACCGCCUGUCUUGCCGAUUUGCAGUAAUCUUAGGAGGAUUCAUGGCUUCAACUGGUCUUAUUCUGAGCUCCUUUGCCACCAGCCUGGAGAACCUCUAUCUGUCACUGGGGGUCCUCACAGGCAUUGGAUUUGCACUUUGUUACACCCCAGCCAUCGCCAUGGUAGGAAAAUAUUUCUGUAAAAGGAAGUCACUGGCUUACGGGGUCGCUAUGUCAGGCAGUGGUAUCGGGACCUUCAUUCUGGCUCCUGUGGUUCAGCAUCUGAUUGAACUUUACUCCUGGCGCGGGGCACUCCUGCUGCUCGGGGGGUUUGUCGCCAACCUGUGUGUGUGCGGCGCUUUAAUGAGACCCAUCGCCUUUAAGGAAGAGCAGCUGAGCGCCGCGUUGUCUGGCGAUGAAGAGAACACUUACAACAAACAGCAAAACGACUUGAACUCCAAGACUGCCUGCAGAUCAAGGCAGCCCUUUAGGACAGACUGCCUGAACAGCUGUGUCUUCUUACAGUCACUGCAGGAGUAUAGCUUCUUCCUGAUGCCUGAUUUCAUGGUGCUAGCAGUGUCCAUCCUCUUUCUGGCCUACGGCUGCAGUGUUCCAUUUGUUUAUUUAGUGCCUUACGCCCUGAACGUUGGGGUUAGCCACCAGAACUCUGCUUUCUUGAUGUCCAUAUUGGGGGUGAUUGGUAUCGUUGGGAACAUCACCUUUGGAUGGCUGACAGAUCGAAGGUGUUUGAAGAAGUACCGUUAUUUUUGCUUCUUGAUUGCUGUUGGCAUGGAUGGGCUCUGUUGUCUCUUGAUUCCCACCCUGCAUAGUUUCCCUCUAUUAAUGCCAUUCUCAGUGAUUUACGGCUACUUUGAUGGAGCAUAUGUGGCCCUCUUGCCUGUAGUAACAUCAGACAUCGUUGGAACUCAGUACCUCUCUUCUGCCCUUGGAGUGGUCUUUUUCCUUCAUGCAAUACCCUAUCUUAUCAGUCCACCGAUCGCAGGCUGGCUAGUGGAUCGAACAGGUACCUACACGGCUGCCUUCAUGCUCAGUGGAUUCUCCAUGAUUUUCAGCUCAGUUUUGCUGGUGUGUGCUGCUUUGAUUAAGAAGUGCUUUAAAACUCGGUCUGGGUCUUACUCUACCAACUCGGACCCCAAACUCCAAAUCUGGGCAAACACUGGCGAGACAGAGUACUGUGUAGCAGCAGAUCAAGAACCGAAGCCUGUAUGAAAAAGACUCCAAAGUAUACCAUAUAGGACUGCACAAGUUAGAAUAUUCAAAUGUAGUUUAAAAAAUA